CUCGUUUUGACGUUUCUUAAGUCAAGAGCAAGAGAGGCAGGCGAUCAGUUAGUCAGUGGAAUUGUGGAAUUUUUUUAUCACGUUGCGUGCUUGCUACUAUCACCCGGUUCGUGCACAUUUGAAUAAUUAAUUGGUAAAAUUCAUCAAUGCUUAAUUGUCCAGUGUUUAGUGCGGCAGAAUUAUGAUGUGAAUGCAUUUCGUGUCGUGAACAUUUUUCAUUGUAACAAGAGAGGAUAAGCCGCGACUGGUGACGAACCACUUAGAUAAAUAUAGAGAUCAAACAUGUCGCUCUGGGCCAGAGCUCAGCAGCUUCCACAGGAGAGUUUGCAGAAGGUGCAUGCCAUCUACGUUGACCAGUUCCCCAUCGAAGUGAGGCACUGCCUGGCCCCUUGGAUCGAGAGCCGAAUAUGUCCCUUCUCCGCCAGGACUCCUGAACCAGAGGAACAGCAACGCUACUUCGUUGAGGAGCUGGUGCAAGAAAUCACUACCCAUGCAGAACUGCUGCUGUCUUCAGACAUGUUCGUCACUAGAAUGAAGCUGCUGGAAGCUGCGAAGAACAUCCGUCUGCAGUAUAGCCAAGCACCCCACGAGCUCUACGCUUACAUGCGUCGUUGUCUGGCCUUAGAAAUGGAAGUGAUACAAAACGCAAUGGGGCCACAGUACGUGGCGCAGCCACAGACCGAGAGAAAAUAUAGCGAGCUGAUCGGGGGUCUUCAGACAGUUAGACAGAAGGUCAAUAUGGUGAGCGAGGAAAUUAGGGGUCUACAAGCAAAUAUGGAGUCUUUCUCACUGCAGUACCACGAGUGCAUCAAAAACAAAGGACACAUAAGCUACCUACAGCAGGCGGCGAGCCCCAUGAAUACUGAUCGACGUGAUCUGCAGGCGUGUCUGAGAGCACAGGUCGAAGAUAUGGAACGGAAACUGAACGUGCUGGUUGCUCAAAUAAACCAGGCCCAACUCGAGUUGGCCGAUCACAUGAAGGACAACAUCGCGAACCUGCGCCAACUACAGAGCCAAGUGUUGGACGAAGAGCUUAUCAAGUGGAAACGCGAGCAACAGUUAAGCGGCAAUGGCGUUCCGAUGCAAUCCAACCUCAAUACAAUUCAGGAAUGGUGCGAGUUACUUGCUGAUCUCAUAUGGACCUCCAGACAGCAAGUCACUAACUUGGCACGGAUCAAUAACAAGGCCAUUCAAGAGUUGAGACAACCACAUUUAGUUGAAAUGUUGGAUGAUAUGAGCAAACAGGUCACCAGUUUGCUGUCAACGUUGGUGACAUCUACCUUCGUGAUAGAGAAACAGCCGCCUCAGGUCAUGAAAACCAAUACCCGUUUCACGGCUACAGUCCGGUUACUGGUUGGGGGUCAGCUCAACGUAUAUAUGACGCCACCUAGAGUCAGUGUGGUGAUAAUAUCCGAACAGCAAGCUCAGUUGCUACUCAAAAGCGAAACCCAGGCCGGUAAAGGGAAGCAGCCGGUUGAAUGCGGAGACAUAUUGAACAACAGCGGAGUCAUGGAGUACCAGGCUACUAGUCGACAGCUUAGUGUCAGCUUUAGGAAUAUGCAACUCCGCAAGAUCAAACGGGCGGAGAAGAAAGGCACGGAAAGCGUGAUGGACGAAAAGCUUACAUUACUGUUCCAGUCUCAAUUCAACGUUGGCGGCGGAGAAUUGGUGUUCCAGGUGUGGACGCUAUCCCUCCCCGUGGUGGUGAUAGUGCACGGGAACCAGGAGCCCCACGGGUGGGCCACGGUGACGUGGGACAACGCCUUCAGCCCCCCGGGGAGGGUGCCCUUCGCUGUGCCGGACAAGGUCGCUUGGGGUCAGCUCGCGGAGACUUUACGCAUUAAAUUCUAUUCGGCCACUUCUGGAGGUGAUCUCUCCGAGGACAAUCUACGUUUCUUAGCAGAGAAGAUCUUUAGUAUUCCUGCCGCGUGCAGGAGCAGUCUCCCCCUCAGCGGGCCGGAGCUGAACGCCACCAUGGUGAGCUGGACGCAGUUCUGCAAGGACGCGCUGCCUGAGAGGAACUUCACCUUCUGGGAGUGGUUCUAUAUGGUCGUCAAGGUUACAAGAGACUAUCUGAGGACGCUGUGGUGUGACGGCCUCAUCAUGGGCUUCAUACAAAAGAAGCAGGCGGAAGACAUGCUGUCCAAAUGCUCCCCGGGUACGUUCCUGCUCCGCUUCUCGGACUCCGAGCUGGGGGGCAUCACUAUCGCUUGGGUGGGGGAGGCGCGUGAAGUGUACAGCCUCCAACCGUUUACGUCUAGAGAUUUGAUGCUUCGCUCACUCGCUGACCGAGUUUUAGAUCUGCCACAACUGCAAUACCUUUACCCGAGCGUCGCUAAAGAUACUGUGUUCUCCAAAUACUACACCAAACCGGAGAACGACGUCCUUAAGAACGGCUACGUGAAGCCAGUCCUAGUGACAACUUUACCCUAUAUGGCCACACCAGCGUACGCCUCCCCUGAUUCUCAUCGUAGCACGCCUUCUGUGAAUAGCAGCUGCUUCAGUGCAGCCACACCGGCCCCGACUGAAAGCAGCACCUUCAUGGACAGUGACCUUUUCGAACAGAUGAGAGCUUUUGACCCCGACGGCUUUGAUGAGUUCAACAUGUACGAGAGUAUGACGAUGAAAUGAUGUGACCUGCAAUAAAUAACCAGUUUUAUAUUAUUUUUAUUACGUUACAUCUAGUGUAUAAUUUUUAUUAAAUUUAAUUAAUUAUUUUACCAUAUCAGUCAACUAUUGAUAUGUUUUUGUGGCAUAUAUACAAAUUAAUUAUGUAUACAGACACCAAUAAUAUGUACCUAUCUAGAUUUUUAUGUAUACAAAGUUAGUGCCAUAGAUUUUAAUUUGUCGUCUUAUGUAAUUAUGGUAAAAAUUUGGGAUUAUUUUGACAUAUUUUUUGUGUUUUUUUUAAUUGUAAUAAAUAGUAAGGUGGUGCUUUUAAUAUUGACAACUUAACAUUUUAAAGUCUUUUAUAUUCUUUAUUAAAUAAUGAUGAAUUUAACAUUUUUAUUGUAGAUUAUUUUUAAAAUUACGCGUUAUAGUUAACCUGUUUGAGAUUAGGCUAUAGUGUAUAAUAAUAUUUUUUUAAUGUUUUCAAUAUGGCAGUAAUAUCUGUUAAUCACUUUUUUUUAAAUAUUAUGAUCAUUUAUUUUAUUUAUACUUUAUGUAUACAAUAACAGGAGUUUCGAUUGAUGUUGUAUCUAAAAUCCUCUUUGUAUUGCAUUUAAUUAGAAUUUUACACGAUUGCAAAAUGAAUUACCUUGUUUCAACAAAACACUUAGUACAUGAAAAUUUUUAGCACACUUUAGGGGAAUAUUCUAUCACUAUAUGUAUUAUAAUGAUGACGAGUUACUCACGGUUCUCGUAAAAUAGUCGCUUUUAUAACAUUAAUAAUGAAAUUAUGAAUCCAUAGUUUGUCCAUAGUUUUUAUUAUAAUUAGAGAUGGGCCGACUAGCCGACGACUAGUCGGGAAAGACGAUUAUUCGGCAUCGUUUAUAGUCGGCGAUUAGUCGGCGACUAUUCGGUAAAACAUGACGAUUAUAAUCGGCACAUAACAAUGAAAUAAAACUUAAGACUUAUGCUUAUUUUGAAUAUUUCAACAGUACCUAGAGUAUGUAUUUAAAGUUACCUACAGUCUUAAAAUAUAAAAAAAAAAUAAGGUAACAUAAUAAGAAUUAGGAAUUUAAGAUUCUGUCAGUAAUUCAGAUUACAUAACACAAUGAAUAUCGCACAUAACAAAAUGGCAGUGGGAAGUAAGUACGUAUUAAUUGAGUGAAAUCUUAAGUGCUAGCAAGUCGUAAAGAAGUCUAUAGGUAGUUUUUGUUUUCUUUUUAGGCAAAUUGUGAUGUUGGAACAUGAAUAUUUCUUCUCAUUUUGAGAGACUCGUGUCGCGCGUGAGAAGGCCGAGUAGUAACGAAAUAUUCCGAACAUCUUAAGAUAGGUGUUAGAAUGAUCGGCAUUGCAGAAUAGUCGGGAAUUCGAAAACCGAUUAGUCGGCAAAUACUAUAGUCGGCCCAUCUCUAAUUACAAUCAAUAAAUAAAUCAUGGUACAGUUGAGAAAAAAUGCAACACUAAGGCGAGAUUUGCUUGAACACAUACUACGUAGUUUGAAAGUAUAUCUAUGAAAUUAUGAAGCUUUUGCGCAAGCGAAUUACGCCUUUUUGUCGUAGAAUAGACUUGCAUCUUUGAACGUAUUUAUGUGUUAAAAAAAUAAGUGCUUCUGUUUCAAGUAAUGUAUGUUUUAGGCGAUUACGUAACUGUAAUACAAACGAUUUUAAACUUUUUUUACAAUAUGGUAUAAAGUCUAUUAUAGUUUAAGGAAACUGUCGUUUAAACAAGGACGUAUAGUUGGUUUUUGUACAUUAAAAUAAGAUGUGUGCUUUAGUCUGGCUACUCCAAAAAAUAACUUUGUAACCUACCUAAAAAAGAUGAAAAUUCAUUCAGGAAUUUUUACACCCGUACAGUAUGAAGAGUGUAGGUGUAGAUUGAAGUUUUGAAUAAUGUGAUCGUUCUCAACUUUGUCACAAUUAAAAUCUUUAUACAUUUAUCUGAACAUAAAUCUAUAUUUUCUGUUACAAGUUACUAGAAAGAGUUCCAAGUGUUCACACCUUGGUAUUAAAAAGAUAUAGGUGUCGAUUCUAGCAUGAUUUCUCAAAAUUAAAAACUAAUUUUAACAUCAGUCCCUUUUUUUCAUUCUGUAUAGAGAAUGA